AUGGCUAUGCAAGGGAGAGAAAAGGAGCCCGAAAGCACGGCCAUGGAUCUAGAUGAAGAGAAAUCCGAUUCUCCUAAGAGUACGGACAGUCCAGCAUCUUGGGAUGCCAUCUCGGAUGAGUGGAGCGUCCCAGACUCUACAAGAGACCUUGAUGCUCUCGGCAUGGAUCCCGUGAUGGCAGAAUGUCUAUCCUAUGUCCGAAUCUCCCUCGAUCAGCUCGCAAGGACAUCUUUGGCCAUCCGAAAAGCGGGAGACAAGUAUCGUUUUGAGAAGAUUGACGCGGAAUUGAAAGACAACUCCUUUGAAGAGUUUCGCAAUCACCUGACCAGCAUCAUUCUCAGAUCUCUCGUAGAUCCUCAAGAAGCCAAAGACUUCUCAGCCGAGGAAAAGAUGAAACAAGUGUCUGAUCACAACGCACUGACGUCUGUCCAGAGGCGCCUUAUCCACGCCAACAUUCUCAGAAGACACCGCAUAGAAUACGUCACAAAGUCGCGACAUGAAGGGAGACAACCAGUCCAUGACAGAAUCGAGUCAGCCAAGGAUUCGAGUCAAUUGAAUAAGAGCGCUAAUCCGACAAACUCGUCCGUUACUGGGACUCAAACCUUUCGCCAAGCACAAACUUCACUCCCCUCUCAGCCAGCAAAGCCGAAGAUUUUUGAAGAUGGUACAGCCCCAUCUUCUGUCCUCGAGCCAGCUUUAACGGCAACCGAGGUCGGCUCUCGUCUUGAUGUGCAACGUGUGAUGGCGCCUCAGACUCCCUCGAAAGUGACAAGGGUGACAAAAAUAGGAUCAACUCAAACUUAUCCCGACCGUCCAACGCUGGACUCAAAAGGUUUAUUAACGUGCCCAUACUGUGAUGACAUACUACCUUCGUCAUACACAAGGGUUGAACAGAGCUGGAGAGCCCAUGUGGCUCAAGACCUGAUGCCAUACACGUGCUUCAUUGAAGGGUGUAAAACACCCUUUGAGAUGUACUUGACAUCGGAAAACCUAGUGGCCCAUUUGUUAGACAAACAUUCAACUACGCGCUGGAUAUGCAGCUUUUGUCACUCUAGUGGUGACGCUAUUGCAAGUCCUUCUGUCCAAACGACACAUUGCUUUGAGAGUGACGAAGAAUGGAAGGACCACGUCACAAAAGCUCAUUCGGACAAGGUCAAGGCGAUCCAGUUGCCGGUGCUUGCAGAAUUGAGUAAACAGCCGCUGGUCGGGCCACUGAACUGUCCGUUUUGCGACUUUGCGACUUGCACUAUGGAUUCCAGGGUCGACGAUCACAUAUUGCAACACUUACAUGAGUUCUCCCUUCGCGCCCUGCCCGAAAGAUCGGUCUUAGCACUUGAUGACCGAAGCAAAGCCUCGCAGCUCUCCGGUUCCCUUUCGCACGUAAGAGAUGCAAAUUACGAGGUCCAAGACGACCCUGUUAAUUGUACAAUCGAAUCCGUGCAGGAGCAAAUUUUUCUUCUUAAGACGUUUCUACCUGACUCUCACCAUACUUUUGAGAUCGUGAAGGAUCUUAUUUCCAAUGGCAUUGGCAUAACUUCUGAUAGACUUCCCGAAUCUCAGAUUCAUGAGUUUUGGGGCCUCUGUUUGCUCAAAGUGCGCACAGCGCUUAUAUCCUGCGUUCUAGCCUUCAAAAGAGAGGGCACCGGGGAUAUGGAGAGGAAUAUGAUCGAGAAUAUUAUCGAAAACACUUGUCAGGAGGUUUUUGAUUCCUUGAGUGAGUACGAGAACAGAACUUGGUUCUUUCUGAGCAAAGAUAAAGUUUUUAUGUUUAAUGUGCCCGCGACCCCAUUAUUCCAGCUAUCCACUCGCCAAAAUGAUAUCAAAGCCGACUUGGAAUUUUUACUCUUCCAACAGCAAUCUUUACUCUAUCUAGCUACCGAUAGCCAGCCCAAGCAGCAGCCUCGCGUCGUCAUCGCCGGUCCCUCUGGCACCGGUAAGACGCUUAUUGCCAGAACGUUAGUUAACGAAAUCGCUGAGGAGGAGACCGGCUGUUCUGUCUUCUGGAUAGAUGCAUUGGACUUCAAUCACAUUUCAAGUGCCUUUUCAAAAAUUUUUGAAAUGUUGAAUCCCCAAGAGUACGCCGUGGAGUCAAAUAGAUCUGCCGUAUACUUGCUCAAUUGGCGGAUGCACAGCCCGUGGUUGAUGGUUCUGGAUGGUAUUGAUCGUCAAACAUUGCUGCAUAUGCAGCUUGAGGGUUUGCUUCCGAGUGGGCUUAAGGGCAGACUCCUCCUCACGACCGAAGAUUCAUCAUGUCUCAGCCUUCUCGGCCAAGGGACAGAAGUCCGACAUACACAGGGCGAAGAGGGAAAGAUGCCGUUUGAGGUGACACCCACCCUGCCACCUUUGAAGCCGGAUGAUUUUGACGUUGCGAUCAUCUGUCAUUCUGUGUCAGCAUUUGAUGUCGUUCCUCUGCUGUUUGACCGCAUCUGCGAGAAUGAUCCACGAAGUUUCCGCGACAACCACGAGCCAUUGCGGAUGCGUACCUCCUUCGGGUUCUCUCGUUGUAUUUUUGGCCGCAUUUAUGGUUGCAACGCUGUUCUGGUUUUGAUCGAUACGAUUCCAGCUGAGAUGGAACGUAAAGCCAUCGAAGUACUUUCCGAUUUCGAAAGGCUACAGCUUGUGCUCCUUGUUGGCACUUGCAGCGGCUUGCCUCAGAGCGACAGCAAAAGUCCUGGUCAGAUAUUCCGAGGCGACGUAUUAAUCAGUGAUGAACUUGUUUCCUACCCACCAGGACAUUUUGAAAUGAUUUCCAAUGAGAGGGUCGUUUCAUCCAAGCGACAAGUUCAAACAAAAUUGGCUACUGUAUUGGAGACCGAUGAAGGCUUCAGGCGACUGCAAGGAAAUGCUGCGUUCUUUCUUAGGCGCCUCCAAGAAUCGUCUUCGGUAGCAUAUCCUGGAGCAACAGAGGACAAACUAUUCGUGUCUAGCUAUCCACAUAAGCAUCACGACUCACGAGACUGUGACUGCAAGAGCGGUUUCUUGUCGAAUGGGGCCUGUCAUGACGUGUUGGGGUCGAGUUGCAAUGACAUUGGGUGCGAUCAUCAGUACCUGGUCCCUCGAAAUCGACCUCAGAGGGGUAUUCAGGUUGCAUCAGGUCAGGAGGGCAGGAUCCAAGAACCUUUGUUGCACUAUGGGCGCGUCUUGUGCUCUCACGCGAGCCCUGGAGCACGAAGAGCUUGGCACUCGACAUUGUGUCUGCAGAACUCCGUCCUUGGGAUUGCGGACAGAUACGACUCAAUCUUUGCAAGACUGCCAUGCAUUACUGUGCUAGGAGUAGGUGAUUAUGGCGAUGGGCACGAUGAGAUGAAGUGGUCUCAGUUUGCAGCAGCUUCGGCAGCCUCGACAGCAAAGGCAAUCUUGGGAGAAUACAGUCUCUUACCUCCCUGCAUGAUCCCUUUUGACGAUAGCCCCGAAGAUGUUUGGCACGAGGAACUCAUCGAGAGCAUUUCUGUCAAGAUAGCUCACAAGAAGAAUGAUGGAAACAUCACAACUACCGCCCUGAUAGGACCGGCAGGAGUCGGAAAAACCACCUUGGCCCUCAGAGCAGUUCACUCGUUCCGCCGACAACAACCAAGAUACUCCGUCUUUUGGGUCUCAGCGCGCUCCACGAAGACCUUGAGUGACGGCUUCCGUGGAAUAGGCCUCCGCCUCAGGAGUGCUACAUUGACCGUAGAUGACUUGGAGCUAAGUGACGAAAUGAUACCACAAGUCUUGACCGAGAUGGACCGCGUCAGUCAUGGUGACUGGCUUCUGAUCAUAGACGAUGCCAAUCGUCACACCCCAGGACAUUUUACCGAACGCUCUCCGCCAUACAAUCACGGCGGAUCCAUUCUAUUCAUUUCUCGCCUUGCUGACCUCCCAGAUAUUCAUGAUACUGAGACUGUCACAUCGUCGGGUCCCAGGAGUGGGCUUUGUAUGAAUUGUCGGCACAGCAUGGCGGUGCCAGGUCAUCGCUUUUGCCCACCAUGCGGCAGAGAGGUUAAACGUGGUGCUACAACAACUGAUACUGAGACUGUCACAUCGUCGGUUCCAAAAUGA